AUGCAGCUUCAGCCAUCUCAGAAGCCCAAGGAGGAUUACAAGCAGAUGCACCAACUUUUCGGCCUGGCCAACCCAUCGCCCCUCGCAAGUCGCGACCACCGCGUCAAAAGCAGCCGCAAGCCCCCAAAUCGACCGCACCCGAUAUCGCCACUCGAACACACGAGGAUAUUGACAAUGGACACUACGAAUGCGCAAUCUGUACUGAAGAUGUCACAAGGCGCACCAAGGGUGUCUGGUCAUGUAGGACGUGUUGGACUGUUUUUCAUUUGGGGUGUAUCAAGAAGUGGUCAACAAAUGAAGGCUCGGCAGCAGCGCGACAGCAGACGCAAGAUGGAGAGACGCCUCCCCCAAGGCAGUGGCGCUGUCCCGGCUGCAAUUUACCAAAGGACACCCUUCCUAAGAACUUCCACUGUUGGUGUGAGAAGGAACUCGAUCCGCGAUCAACGCCUGGUCUGCCACCUUUCUCAUGUGGUCAGACAUGUUCACGACCCCGAGUUCUCCCCAAGCCUUGUCCACACCCUUGUGGAUCGACAUGUCAUGCCGGUCCUUGCCCGCCUUGCGGGUUGA